GGUUGGGGUUCUCCAAUCUUUUCAAUCCUUCUCUAUUUUCCAUCUUUAAUCCAAUACAAAAAAAAAACAAAACAUAAAACAAAAAAACAAAAGAACCCAUUUUUCCUUCCUCUUUAUGCUUCAUCUUGUUCUUUUUCAAUUUUGAUUCUACAUUUGCAUUCCUCAUUUUCAUUUCAGGUAUUGUUUGAUGCUGCUAAACUGAGGAUUAUCCAACCCCACAAUGAAAAUGAAGAGGUUUGAUUUCAAGCCUCGACUAGAAGCAACUUAAUAACCAGAAGAUUUCCGUGCGUCUUCAGUUGUUGAAUACAAUGCAUUCAUGAAGUCAUCAGAAGAGUGACUCAAAAUCUGACGAGGGUGUUCAUUUUUAAGUGAAAAAGAAGUAAAGAACUGAAAAAUUCUCUAUGGACUGGAACUUGAAGACCCCUUCUUGGGAUUUCACUCAAUUGGAACAAGAUGCAUUAAAGAACAUUAAUACAAUAGGUGCAUCCAGCAACUUUGUUGAGCAUAUAACGACUUCUGGGGAUUUCACGGUUGAUUUGAAACUCGGCCAAGUCAGUAAUCUGGGAACAAAAUAUGUAGUCAAUGAGCCAGGAGUCUUUAAAGCGACACCAUCCCCUUCAGAACCAUCUAAGAGGGCAAGAGGAUCUGGAAAUGGAGCUCAGCCUUCGUCAUGCCUUGUUGAUGGAUGUGUUUCAGACCUUAGCAAUUACAGAGAUUACCACAGGCGCCAUAAGGUCUGUGAGCUUCAUUCGAAGACUCCCCAGGUUACAAUUGGUGGCCUAACACAGAGAUUCUGCCAGCAGUGUAGCAGGUUCCAUUCACUAGAUGAAUUCGAUGAAGGAAAGAGAAGUUGUAGGAAACGUCUUGAUGGACACAAUCGAAGGCGACGGAAGCCACAAUCAGACUCCCUGUCACGAAGUAUUUUGUCUCAUUACCAAGGUUCUCAACUUUCACCAUUUUCUAGCUCUCAUGUCUAUCCAUCUACACUAGUUAUGAACCAUUCCUGGCGUGAUCUUGCCAAUAAUACUGAGAUAGAUGCAAGGCUUCAUGUUCAGCAAGAGCCAACCCACUUUCCUGAUAAACACAACAUCUAUCUUGGAUCAUCGUCAAAUGAUAGUGUCCAUAAAAUUGGAAAACAGGUUACAUUUAUGCAAAGUGACAAUCCGGAAUUUUCAGUUGGCCAGCCUCUUGUCAAGACCAUUGAUUUUUCAGAAAAUGAAGUUUGUCGAAGCAAGAUGUUGUAUGACAGGUUUAAAACUCCAGGCCAUGAAUCGGAUUGUGCUCUCUCUCUUCUGUCAUCUUUGCAGACACAGGCAUCUGGGAUCGGUUUUAGUGAAGCCGAGCAGGACCGUCAUCUUAUAUCCUUCCUGCAGCCAUUAGAUGUGAGCUUAGGUCAUCACAACAGCUUGGAGCCAAUUAAUUCAGUACUGAAUGGCAGUGUGAGUAAUGCUAAUAUCAACUGUUCAGGAAUGUUUCACAUAGCAUCUAAUGAUGGAUGCAAUGAAGCUACCCCACCAUCUCUUCCUUUUCACUGGCAGUAGAGUGACUUCAGUCGACAAAAACUGAUCUUUUUGUGUAAAAAAGAAUGAGAAAUCAGUGCUUCUGUAAAUCCAUGCCCAUGAUAUUCAGAAGGAUGUUCACUUUAUCAUAGAUUCAAGUUUUAACUGCUGCCUGCCUUCUAUGCUUGUGAGGCUUAACAAUGAUACUUCUUUCAUUUCAACUUCAGAUGCUUUAUGGAGUAUUUCCUUACCUGUUUUACACUGCUUUAUUUGCUUGGGGAAGUUUUUUGUGCAUAUUAAUCCUUUGCUCUUAUAUAAUCGAAUUUCAACCGGAAGCUCAAAAACAUA